CGGCUGUUUGUAUUCCAGUGAAUUCCGUUGAGUUGCUAGCAAAGUCAUGUCGUCCUGGUUAGUUAACGUGCAAUGUAAAAAGAUAUUCAGAGAUGCAAGAAAUAAGUUAGUUUCAAUUCUGCACCCAAUGCUCAAUGAUUUUGACUACAAAGGUGAAAAGUUGGACAUCAAAGACAUUGCAGAAUUCAUGAGUAAGUUUGGAGUGGAUUACUCCGUGUUGACAGUGGACCUAGACUUGGAGUUACUAAUACUUGUAAAGACCGAAGAAGGAGUUGAUAUCAAGAACAAGCCAUUUUUGUACGCGGCCCAAAGACUAUAUGCAGUACAACUACUCUGCAUUCCUUUCCAUGAACUUUCAAUAGUGGAAGAAGUUAUUGCAUUGAACACGUCUAAUGUGAAGACAAGUUUCCUAUACAAUACAGGUCGAUGUGGCUCAACUCUGCUCUGCAAAGUGCUCGAUCAACUCCCAAGAGUUCAGUCGAUAUCUGAGCCUGAUGUGUUUGCUAUCUUAGCACGUCAUUUUGACGAAAGAAUGGUUGGUUGCUAUCCUAAGGCACGUACGAAGAAGGCGACGUUGAUCACAAUCACCCGUGUCGCAAUUCUUCUACUCAACAAUUAUUUUUUAUUUCGCGCUCCAGAUAAAAUUUGUAUCUGCUACAAGCUCAGAUCCGAGACCACGCACGCAGCGGAGCUGCUGCAGAAAGCCAUGCCAAGUGCCAAAAAUAUCUACUUGUAUCGGAACUGUUUUAGCUUUGGUGAAUCGUAUGCCCGUGUCCGUGUUGAAGGAAAUUACAACCUAUACUGGCUUAUCUCUACCCUUAGAGUUGAUUCUACAUAUCUUUGGUAUAAAUCUAAGUAUUGCCACCCACGUGUAAACAAUUGUUUUUAUCAAAACAUGGGGAAUAACCCAGAAAAUGAAAAUGUUCCAUUUAGACAUGGCUUCUACUGGUGUUUCACCUACAUUUGGUGGCGCAAUAUUGAGAAAGCUAUAACUAUGAUACAAACAUACCCUGACCAUUUUUUUCAUGCGAUAUUACGAUACGAAGAUUUAUCAAUCAGAAAAGAGGAACUUGCUUUAAUAGUUGCAAGAAAACUCGGCUAUCUGGAAGAAAACGAGUCUUCUAGUGUAGAGGCGAGGAUGCUUAGUUCGAUUACAAGCGUGUUUAAAUCGAACAGUCAGUCAGGCACUGAAAUGGCAUCAAAGCGAGAUGUAGAGAACAAAGAUGACGUCUGGUAUGGUGAAUGGGAGAAACAGCAGAUUAAUGAUGUUCUACAAUAUCUUGGCCGUACUGUUAGGAAUGGAGAUUUUUUUAUACCUGGAACCAUCUAAGAAUAUCUGCAAUAUGUUUGGAAAUUCAGCGGCAAGUAUUUGUUUGAAGUGCCCGCCUGCAUGCCAACGAUUGAACUUCUUGAUCAUAGCUUCCACCCAAUAAUAAAUUAGAAAGAAAUUUCAACGAGAAAGUCUAUGGGAGAGGAAUUGCAAAAUUUGAGUUUUUAUGCUCCGCACACACUGAAAUACCUCCUCGAUGAAAAUAUAGAAGUGUACAAGUUUGCUGUGAACAGUCAGGGGGAAGUUCUUACUGUUUCCGGUGACGACAUCAUCAUCACCCUUAGGACAGGAGAAAUUAAGCGGGUUGAAGUACCUGAACUUGGACGUUAUUUUCCCAUGGCGCUUGUUGUUGAUGUCAACGACAAUGUUUACGUGGUGAGAAUGCUUUUUACUGGCGGAUUCCUGUUGACAAUAUUGAACGACAAUUACACUAUAAAAGCAGAAAACAGAUUGGAUACUCUCUGGACGGAAGAUGCGUUUCAGAAAGUUAAGAUCGCGAUAUGCAAAAACAAAGAUAUCAUCCUCCAGAAACUCGGUCUUUUUUAUGUUUUUGACAAGACGGGUCAAUUGAAAUGCGAGUUUGAACAUUAAGUCAGUUGGGGAUUUUCAUUGAGAAUUUCCCAUCAGAAUGAAAUCAUGGUACUAACAAGUGUUUCUGAGACGGUUAGAAUAUACACCAAGGAAGGAAAUCUGAAGAGAACAAUAAAAGUCCCAGAAGAUAAUUUUGUUUGGAGCGUGGCAUUUCACUACGUAAUUUGUAAAAUAUUGGUCUUAACUAGGCUAAGGAAAACUGAUUCGUUUUUCAUUCUGCGCUAUCCCGAAGCAGGCGAAGAGCUGGAAACCAUUUCGUUUUUUGAUAGGGGUAUUACAGGUAAGUAUGCCCGAUUAGUAUCGUAUCCAAAUGGUCCUGUUGUCGUUUUACGAGAGAGAAGCAUCACCUACCUUUGAUGAUCGUGUAUAUAAAGUAUAAACAAACAUUCUUAACAAAAAAACUGUAUAUAGAAAGCAGUAUAUACUUGUCUGAAGUAGAACAGACGUUAUUGAACAGUUCAUUUGCUUUUCACUGAGUUUUCUAAAAUAUUUAUGAUUUCUGCAAGCCAACUGAUAAAUUUGAUUAAAUGAAUCGAAACGCUUCUAUUGCCGCGACUGUAUAAGCAGACAGUAGGUGUAGAGUUUUUGAAAUUUGUAGAGUAACAUUAAGUGGUCCUGUUUCUGUUGCAAGAUAGACCAGCAUAUAACUUUUUAAUAACGACAUUGUUUUAUAAUGU